AUUCAUCUCGUUCACAGACUACAAUAUUCAACGAAUUGUCUCGUCGUUGCAGCCCACUUUAGUAAUCGCCCACAAGCUAUACUUCGAAAGUCUUUACCAAUCAUGCAUCUCGGCUAUAAUGUGGAGCCAGAAUCCUUCUCCCAAUACGAAUGUGGAGGCGAGCAGGUACUCAGUCCUGUUGACUUGGACCUUUAUCAGGAGAUCCAGCAACCAACAAUGAUUAAUUGGGAGACACCAGUAAAACAUAUGAUGUUCGACGAGUGCUGGUUAUGGCCAGAUACUCCAGUAUCUGUUUCUAGCUGUGAUAGCUCAUCACCUCGUGACAACCAGCAACCUAUGGCGAUCUGGGAAGAAUCGGCAAGAGCAGCCACUAUUAGCAGACAUGGGAGAGACUUACACCAAGACCCAAUCUUGUUUCCAUGGGAAGACUUGUUGCUCGACUUUGAGACAACUUCGAGUUCUCGACGGCCUGGAGGACGUCAAAGCGAGAGACGAAAGCAACAGAACCGGGCCUCACAGCGCGCUUUUCGCGAGAGGCAGCGGACGCACGUUCAAGAUCUUGAGGAUCGACUUGCAGAUCUUACAAAGCGGCAUCGGGAACUUGAGCGAGCACACCAGCACCUCAACCAAAAAUACCAAAGUCUUGCGAAAAGGUUCGAGAGCAACGAAGAGGUGGUAGAUUCAGAGGUGUCGUUGUAGCUUAUGAUGCACUGAAUUACAUCAAGACCUAGUGGUCAGGUCAAUGUUUUGUGCGUAGACUGGGGAACAAGGUAAUGGAGUUAAGCGUCAAGUUCCUGGAUUUUGGUUGAGAUUCAAUGGCUUUCUCGGUGAUUUUGGAACGGCUGUCGUCGACACUUUGACUACAAACCAUUCUGAUGAAGAACUCCAGAAGUUUCAGUCUUUGAAGAAUGCCUCUUUGAUAAAUGGUGAAGAACUGAUCUGCAUAUACGUGAUUUGGCUUUCAGGUUCGGAG